AUGACAUCCACGUCUCUCGGACAAAGCAUUGCCAAAGCCAUUGAGUCGACAGGACCAAUCAGUUUGAUUCAUUACAUGAAACAAUGCCUAACUGGAAAAGACGGGGGAUACUAUACCUCUUCCCCAGACCCAUUCGGCAAGUCGGGUGACUUUGUGACAUCCCCUGAGAUAUCACAAAUGUUCGGCGAGCUGAUUGGUAUAUGGAUAAUCUACGAGUGGAUGUCCCAGAACCAAUGCAAUGGGAAGAAGGUUGUACUUAUAGAACUUGGUCCCGGAAGGGGGACACUUAUGGACGAUGCUCUGCGAGUAAUGCGGAAGUUCGAACCGUUUGCCAAGUCCGUCUCCAGUGUGAAGCUUGUCGAGGCAAGCGGUCCUCUACGAGAUUUACAAUGUGCAAAACUAUGCGGAGAGGACAUCAAACCUCGAUGGCAGGGAACCAAUUGGACUGAAAAUACCAAGCAUUUUGGUGCUCCAGUUACCUGGUAUGAUGAUGUCCGGCAAAUUUCAUUACAGCAUGAUGAGGCACCCUUUUUCAUCGCUCAUGAAUUUUUUGAUGCGCUCCCUAUUAACGCCUUCGAAAACACACCGGAUGGUUGGAGGGAACUCCUAGUUGAUGUUAAGAAGAACAAACUCAUCCUACCUAACUCUGAGGAACCCAAAGAGCCCGAGUUCUGCUUUACACUUGCCCCAAAGCUAUCGGCCCCAGCACGUGCAUUGAAUAGCCUCUCACCACGUUAUGAAGCACUCUCAAGGGUCCCCAAUGCGAUGGUAGAGAUAUCGCCGGACUCGCAUGGCUACAUCAUCAAUUUUAGCAGAUCAAUACAUAACGCAGGGAGCGGUGCCGCUCUCGUAAUCGACUAUGGACCGGCCAAUACGGUUCCCAUGAAUUCGUUACGAGGAAUUCAAAAGCACAAAAGAGUCUCGCCAUUUGUACAGCCUGGAAAAGUCGACCUAUCGGCUGAUGUAGAUUUCGGGGCCUUGGUGGAAACAGCUCUGAGACCUGACUUCAAUGUUGAAGUUCAUGGGCCUGCUGAGCAGUCCCAAUUCUUAUUUGGAUUGGGUAUCAAGGAAAGAUAUGAGAGCCUUGCUCAGAUGGCUGAGGGUGAUUCGGAGACAUUGGCCAUUCUGAAAUCGGGGUUCGAAAGAUUGACAGAGAGGGGUGGUCUCGGAAUGGGGAUGAUUUAUAAAGCUCUGGCGAUUGUGCCAGAGUCUGGAGGGAGGCAAAUCGCAGGCUUUCAACGGGAGGCUCCAGUCGAGGAAGAUCCUAUUGCAGAGGAGCAACCACAAAUUUGA